GUGCCCCACCCUCCCGUCCAAUGAGGAGCUCCGGCAACCAGGAAAAGAACCCCAGUGUCUAGGUUUAUCAGUGAAGGUAGGAAAUAACAAAGAAAAGAAAUGGGGCUGUCUUGUUAAUCUUUGUUCUUGGGGUAACAUCUGUUUUGCCCCAUACUAGUCAAAUACUGAUCAAGGCUAGGAUUGACCUAAAUGCUUUGGGCCCAGGAGAAUAUUCUGAAGCAGGAAUCGGGAAAAUGCAACUAAGUUACUGCCUCAGUUUAUUUAAUUAUGACAGUAUCCAAAGCCCUGUCACAUCAUUUUUAUGGUUACAUGAAUAAGAGGCCAAUUAAAGAAGGGAUGAUCUUAUAUCCAUUUUACCAAUAAGGAAGAUACUGAAGACCAGAGAGAGCUGUCAUAAGUAGCCUGGAUAACAAAAUGAAGGCUUUUUCUUAGGUCUUCAGGACAUUGCUCUCUUCUCAGGGUGCAGAUGCGCAUCACAUGGUGGUCAUGGGAAUGAUGGGAUGGCAAAGAUGAUGAUGAUACUGAUGAUGAUGAUGGCUGGGUGAUGAAUCAGGUGCAAACAGUGGUUCUUCAGAAGAGGCAGCAGAAGAAAUCACCUGUGAUGAAGGUCAUUAAGAAAUAUCAGAAAGGCUUCUCUGAAUAACUGGAUUUCUUUGAGGGAGAUCAGAAACUGGGCAGUUGGGGCACAAUGACACAAGCUAAAGGACAGUAGAUGGAGAAGGGGUGCAGCAGGGGUUCUUCAGAAGAGGCAACAGAAGAAAUCACCUGUGAUGAAGGUCAUUAAGAAAUAUCAGAAAGUUGAUGUUGGCAGUGAAGCUGUCACAUAUGGCUUUUUAUCAAUUUGAGUGAUCAAAAGUUGAAGGCACCGAAAGAAAAUGUUCUGAGGACAUGUUUUGAAGAAGGAGGGGAGAGUUUCAAAUCUUCAUUAUCCCCCUCUGCAGCUAAGAGUGGGGAAGAGAGCCCCCAAGCAGUAUCCUAUACCAUGGUAGCUCCGGAAUGAGAAGAAAGGGAGGUCUUUCUGAAGCUGAUGAAAGAGAAGGAAAUGAAACCCUGGAGAUUCUCAGAAAAGAUUUUGGUCUGAGAAGCUAAAUAUCCCAUGAAGAUUUUCCUCCCCUCCCCAAAAUUAGCCUCACCCUAGGCAGACCUCCAUCUCUGAAGCUAUAUUCAUUUGAAAUAGAAUCAAAUCACCACUGAACUGUCUGACGGCAGAACAGCCAUAGCACCUGAAUAUGCAUAGUAAGCUGGACCACUACAUCCCUUUCCCCUUCUGCCACUGAAGAAUAAUGCCGGACUUCCCUUGGGAGCACAACAGCUCUGUGUCUGAAUUUAUUCUUCUGGGCUUCUCUAGAAAUUUCCAAACUAAUGUAAUCCUCUUUAACAUCUUCCUCUUCCUCUACCUCUCCACACUCGUGGGCAAUGGGCUCAUUGUCACCUUGAUCCAACUGGACUCCCGCCUCCAUACACCAAUGUACUUCUUCCUAAGUGUCCUUUCCAUGCUGGACAUGAGCUAUGUCACCACCACUGUGCCCCAGAUGUUGGUGCACCUGAUUUGCCAAAAGAAAACUAUCUCCUAUGUUAGAUGUGUGGCCCAGAUGUACAUCUUUCUGGUUUUGGGCAUUACUGAGGGCUGGCUAUUCUCUGUUAUGGCCUGUGAUAGAUAUGUGGCCAUCUGCUACCCACUCAGGUACAAGGUUAUCAUGAGCCCAUGGCUGUGCAGAGCAAUGGUAGUCUUUUGUGGACUAUGGGGUGUCAGCUGUUCCUUAGUCUACACUGUCUUCACCAUGCGCCUACCCUACUGUGGCCCCAGUGAGAUCAACCACUUCUUCUGUGAGGUCCCUGCUGUUCUGAAGCUGGCCUGUGCAGACACAUCCUUCAACGACCAAGUAGAUUUCAUCCUAGGCUUCAUUCUUCUACUGGUACCACUUUCCUUCAUCCUGGCUUCUUACAUCUGCAUUUUUGCCACCAUCUUGAAAAUUCGCUCAGCCCAGGGUCGACUCAAGGCCUUCUCUACCUGUGCUUCCCAUAUCACUGUGGUCACCAUGUUCUGUGGACCUGCCAUGUUUAUGUACAUGAACCCUGGGGCCAAUGCCUCUCCAGAGAGGGACAAGAAACUGGCUCUGUUCUACAAUGUCAUCUCUGCCUUUCUCAACCCCAUCAUCUAUAGCCUCAGAAACAAAGAUGUGAAGAGGGCUUUCCUCAAAGUAACAGGCUGGGGCAAAUGCCCUGAAUGAGGCCACUGUAACACAGGAUCUGUACUCCAUUCUCUCCGAUCACAAGCAAAUGCACAGGCAAGAACAAUUAAUGUUUAAAAGAGAUGGUGUGCAAAGAAAGGUACUUGGUGUGAACCUGCUAAUGGCUCCAGAAGCUGGGCUUUUCCUAAACAUCAAGGAACCCAACUAUAGACAGAGUGCCAGAUUAGUUUCUGUUUCCCAGAAACCAGCAAGGGUCUGGAACAAACAAAACUUCAUUAAUAUUUCAGAUUGAAUGACUGGGUGCAUGAGAAUUGGGCAUUUUAAAUUAAUUUAGGAUACCCAGGACAAGAGUGACUCAGAGGACUACAGAUCUGUAACUUUCUUUUAUCUUGAUCAGGGGCAAGAAGAGUGGGUCUAAAGAAACAUAGACUUAGGAGGAAGAAAGGGUGGCCUUAGGAAUAGGGUCCAGGGAUUGGUCACUGUCCAUCUAACAUUUCCAGGGGGAGGGGGUACAGGGAAGUGAUUCGCCUGGUCCCUGGAGAGGUGAGUGAGUCCCUGCUGUGUUGUCCCUCAAUACACAGAUGAAACCCCACCCAAAUAUCACAGUGAUUAGGAGCUCAUACUCUGUAGUCAGACUGUUUUCUUAUUUAUGAAGGUGGGAUGUAAUAAUUAUAGCAAGUCAACAAUUUGUAGGAUUGUUGUGAGAAGUGGACAUAAAGUUCUUGGAACAGUGCUGGAUACAUUGAAUGCUACCUAUAAACACUGACAUUUCAUUUCUCUUUCUUAAUGCCACAGUUUACAAGCAGAGGCUAUUUCAGAGUAGAGAAAGGAGACACUCUGCUCUUGAGAAAGAGACAGCUAGUGUUACAAACAAAGAAACAGGCACUUGUUUAUAUUCCAGUCUGAUAUGGAUUUAGUUUGGGUCUGUCACCAAGAAGGUCAUGAAUUCAGAAUCAGGAAAAAACAUAAAUAAGUAUGAAAGCCUCUCAAAAUGCUGCAUGAAGAGUCCCUAAUUACAAUCAGCACCCCCACCAGGCAUCUUCACUGAUCUAUAUAUCAGAGCUUUGAACAAACAUUGACUCAAAUCUGAAUUAAUAAAUACUUGUUUUGCUGGAGGCUGCUGAGAGGAAUGGUAGGAUAUGAUGGUCACAGUGGUGCUGGCUUCUCAAAGCCAUUCACCCCUUAGAAUGAACGGUCCCUUAGAGUCCCUGGCAUCUUGGAAGAGGCAUAGAUAAAUUUUUCCAUAGAAUCUUAGGAAACUACACUGGCCAAUAGAGUCUACCAGACCCUUAAAGGUAGGCAACACAUAAAAGAAGGCUGACUCAGAGAAGAAGUUUUCACAAAGACACACUGCCACCUUUAUAGACUCUCCCCCAAAUUUUGACCCCAUCUUUCCCACCACCAGAGAAAAAAAGGAAAAGGAGUCAAGAAUUCCUAAUGUUUGCUAAUCCUUGUCAUCCUGACAUCCCAUCCUCCAUACUACUAGCCCAAACUUUUCCUGUUCCAAGCUUGGUUUUGACUUUUAAAAGCUCAAAUCACCCAAUGGAUACGUGUGACAGGCUGGAGCUCAGCGGGGGAGGCCCAUGCAGAGCCUUGCUGUGGGCCUGGAUGGACUUAAUCUUGACAACGGCCCGGGCAAUACAGAUGGAGGAAGCCAGCAAAAAGGAAAGGGAGGCAACAACCAUAAAGACACUGGUGACCAGAUAAAAAGUGAGAUAAUUUAAAGGGAUUUAUUCAGGCAGAGAAAAAGUGAAGAAACACAAAAAAGUUAAACAGAUUGAAGAGAACCUCAAGGAAGGGGUAAAUAUGUGGAUAAAUAUAAAUCAAUAAUGAGUACAACAAUAUGAUGCUUUGCAGGAUCUAAAAUAAAUGAAAAUUAAACAUCAUGACAAUAGCAGCACAAGAAAUA